AUGCCCUCCGGUGCUCCGCCCUCAAUCCGGAGAAUCAGCGAAAAACACGAUCGAGUAUUCGCAACUGGAUGUUUAGACCCCGAAGACGCGGCAAAACAACCGCGCGCAAAUGCUGCCUUCGUCGUGCUUGCAAGAAAUAAGGAGCUGGAUGGCGUUAUUCAGUCUGUCAAAAGUAUCGAGAGACACUUCAACAGGUGGUUCCAUUACCCUUAUGUCUUCCUCAACGAUGGAGACUUCGAGCAGUCAUUCAAAGACACAAUAACCAAUUACACCAGCGCACCGGCCGAAUUUGGCAAGAUAGAUCCUAGCAUGUGGGGCUACCCUGACUGGGUAGAUCACGAAGUAGCAAGAGAGGGGAUCCGGAAGCAGGGAGAUGCAGCGAUCAUGUAUGGUGGCAUGGAGAGUUAUCAUCACAUGUGUCGUUUCUACUCCGGGUUCUUCUAUAAACACGAAUUACUUCACAAGUAUGAGUGGUAUUGGAGGCUGGAGCCAGAGAUCAAGUACUUCUGUGACAUUACUUAUGAUCCCUUCGUUCAAAUGGCGGCCUCAAAUAAGACUUACGGGUUCACGAUCGCGGUUAAGGAGCUCAAGGAGACCGUGCCGAAUAUCUUCCGUUAUGCAUCGGCCUACAAGCGCAAAAACAAGUUUCAGUCGAAGGGUUUAUGGGAGAUGUUUCUCGAACCAACACCAGACAAGCCAGAAGAUGCUCCAGCAGAACCCAAGAAGACACUUCCCGAUGAAAUACUCCAAACUCAACCUGGUCACCCGAAUAUGGAAGAUGUGGACCCUGAAUCAAUGGAGGGUGAAAAAUAUAACAUGUGCCAUUUCUGGAGUAACUUUGAGAUUGCACGGCUAGAUUGGUUCAGAAGCAAGGAGUACGAGGAUUUCUUCCAGAUGAUGGACCGAAGCGGCGGCUUCUGGAUGGAAAGAUGGGGCGAUGCACCUAUUCAUUCCCUAGCUGCUGGGGCACUUCUAGCUCCACGAGACAUCCACUACUUCCGAGACUUCGGUUAUCGACAUACCACCAUCCAGCAUUGUCCCGCAAAUGCACCUGCUCGACAACUACCGCACUUACCCUUCCUCGAGAAAACAACCGAUGACGAGAAGAAGCGUCAGGAAGAAGACGACUACUGGUCAAUACCGGAUCCAGUCAAGGAGAAUGGAGUUGGCUGUCGAUGCAAAUGCGAUACCGAUAUUGUCGAUGUCGAGGGCAAGCAGGGCAGCUGUCUUGCUGAAUGGGUAGAAGUGGCUGGUGGAUGGUCUUCGCCGUGA